AUGGACUCCAUGGACAUUGAUACUCCUGAUCAGAGUAAGAGAGAUGUACCGCUUCGCCUUGUGCUGAGGCCAGUAAAGCCACUGGAAUCUGGUGUAGGUUUGCCUUAUGCUCCUGAAGACUGGCCUAACCCUGGAGAUACUUGGCGUUGGAAGGCAGGACCGAGAGUUACCGCUAAAGGCACCUUUUUGGAUAGGUACUUAUAUCCUCCUAAGCAUCUCCCGGGUUUAACUCCUGAGAUCUUGCGGGGAAGUAGCGCUUUUAGGAGCAGGCUCUCACUUGAGCGCUACGUUCGUCAAGCCUUCCCUCAAGCAGAUGUUCGCAAGUUCUUUGCUUCUUUCAGCUGGGUCAUACCCAGCGCAUAUGGCAUGGUUCAGACGCAGAGCAUAGUGCCAGUGUAUAGCUCUGAUGAAGACCCAAUGCAUGAGAGCGGUUCUGAUAUUGUGGUUUGUAAGGCUGGUAAUGACAAAUGCGGGAGCCUGAUGCCACCGAGUGAAACCGAACCUUUACCCGCAAUGCCUUGUGGCAUUUGCUGUGGUGAACCUAAUUUCUGCUCUGAUUGCUGUUGCAUCCUUUGCUGCAAAUCAGUGAGCUUGGAGCAUGAACGUUAUAGCUAUGUCAAAUGCGAAGCCGUGGUCUCCGAAGGUCAUAUAUGUGGACAUGUUGCUCAUAUGAGCUGUGCCCUUCGAGCUUACAUGGCUGGAACCAUUGGAGGCAGCAUUGGGUUGGAUGCUGAAUACUACUGCAGGCGAUGUGACGCCAAAAAGGACUUGGUUCCACAUGUUAACAGGUUCCUAGAAAUAUGCCAGACUGUACAAUAUCAUGGUGACGUGGAGAAGAUCCUGAAUCUCGGUAUUUGUAUCCUGCGAGGCUCACAAAGAGACGAUGCUAAGGAACUGCUCAACUGUAUCGAAUCAACGGUCAUCAAGCUUAAAUGCGGCAUGAGCUUGGAAAAUCUUUGGAAUGAUGAUACACCAACUAUAUGGUCAGAUUUUUCGGACAGUGGAGAAGCUAAAGAAAACGAUACAUUGCAAAGUCUACAAGACGUGACACCGAUCGGGCCCAUGCCAUUCAAUCACGAGGCUGAGAUGCACAAACACGAGGAAGAAAUCCGCGAGGUUCUCAAAGCGUUGAGAGAUGCUCAAGAAUCUGAGUAUCAAAUUGCAGAAGCCAAACUUCGUGCUCAGAAAGAAUGUCUCAGUGAUCUGUAUAGGCAACUUGAGAAGGAGAAGUCAGAGCUAUCGAGGCGUGUAUCAGGUACAGACGAAGAUAGCUUGAUGACGAACGUGUUGAAGAGAUUGGAUCAGAUUAGAAGAGAAGUCACAAAGCUUAAGGAUAUGGAAGAAGUAGCUAAAGGAUUUGGGAGGACACCUAGAGGAGUUCUUGAAGAGUACUUUCAUCUAAGAAUCGAGGAGUAA